UGAUGACUUGAGAAUCGUGUUUUAUUUUUCACACGGACAAUAAUAACGGGAACAGAGAUGGCGGCGUCCCUGCUCAGGUUAGGGCGACUCGGGUCUCUCAAGUGUCUCCUGCGUGAAAGCUGGGGCACACAGAGGACCCCAUUUGUUGCAGCACUCUGCACUAAAGCGGAUGUCCCACCCAAAACAGCAAAAAAGGCCAAGGCUGCAAGUAAGAAAAAAGCCCAAGAGAAAGCCCCGGAGCCAGAGCCUGAACCUUUUGACAACACCACGUACAAGAACCUGCAGCACCACCUCUACAACAUGUACACCUUUGCUGAUAUGGAUGUAGAAAUGUCUAAACAUCGUCUGCCCCAGCCUUCCUCAGGCAGACCCUCGCCCAGUCACUGAUGUCUCGCAGCGUGGCCUGCAGUCUCGCUAUUUUUGUCCACAAUCAUGUAUCUUCCCCAUGUUCCUUUGUUCUUUAGAGAGCUUAUUAACAAAUCCUAAGCUUUACGCUAGAAUUCUGUUAUUUUGGAAUUAAAUAUGCAAUUUUACUUCUUUAGAGUGGUUUUGGUUUGGUUAUUUUUAUUUAUUUAUUUCAAUUUAGCUAUGCAAUGGGAUCUAAAAUCCAGUUUUUUUUUUUUUUUUUUUAAUCAGGUAGGAUCUUGAAGUUGUUGCCAUCUAUAGGAGGCAAUAUGAAUAGUGCUGUGAAUGCAUUUCAUUGCUUGUGUUUGGCACACUUUGCUCAUUAUUCCUAUGAGGCUUAUUGCUGUCAUGGUGUUACAUUAUAAGUGUAAGAUUUCUAGCCAUUAUUGCAAAUAAAAAAUCAGACAUAUUGCUGUAAAAAUAAAUGCAUGAAACAUUGUAUGGAAAUAUAAGCAUACGUUUGUAUUUCAGACACUUGAAAACGUGUUGCUAAAAUAUAAUGGAUAAUUUUUGUGGUAGGUCCUUUGAAAAUGUUGGCAAGCAAGUAAAAAUCUUUGUUGGAAAAAAUACUUUAUUCCGUGGAACAAAAAAUUAGAUGUUUGGGAAAAUGAUAGCCUCAGUCACCAUUUACUCUCAUUGCAUGGAAAUAAAUGCAGUAAACGUGAAUGGUGACUAAGGAUAACAUUCACAUAAGGAAGCCAUAGGGGUUUGGAACAACAUGAGGGUGCAUAAUGUUCACUUUUUGGAGAAAAAAAGAAUCACUUUUUAUUUUUAUUCUAUUUUCUAUUAUUAUCUCUGACUUUGCUGUAUUGUUUAUGCACUGGAAGCUUCUGUCAUCAAGACAAAUUCCUUGUAUGUGUAAGCAUACUUGCCAAUAAAGCUCAUUCUGAUUCUAAA